CCAUUCCAAUUUCCAUUUUGCAUUUUGCUUUUGGCCUGUGAGUGACAACACAGACGAAUUCUGAGUCACUAUCGCAUGAUUCGUUGGAGCUGGGCCUAAGUUACGACAAAUUCGGUCAUGGGACUGUUUUCGACGGCGUCCUCCUUCGACACUGAUGUUGAAAAAGCCACCGACGAAAAAAACACUAGCGAAAAAUGGGCCGAGAUUAUGGACAUUUGCGACAAGGUGGUCACCACGCAGAACGGCGCAAAGGAUUGUCUGCGUUCUAUCAUGAAGAGGGUUGUGCACCCAGACCCCCAUGUCGCCCUGCAAGCCCUCACUUUGCUAGAUGCAUGUGUCAACAAUUGCGGCAAACCGUUUCACCUUGAGGUUUCGUCGAGAGAUUUUGAGUCUGAAGUGAGGCGUCUAGUGUCCAGAUCAAGCAGGACACCUCUGCAGGAGAAACUCAAGUCAAUGCUAAAGAAAUGGGCUGAGUCUUCCGAGUUCUCCAAAGACCCGCAGCUCAAUCUAAUUCCAUCACUUUACAAAAAAUUGAAGGAAGAGGGAGUGGACUUCACCCCUUCACACCAGCCAGUCGAACACAAGCUCUCAAAGGACCCAAAUGUGGUUCAAAGCAAGCAAGAAGAAGAUGAUAUUGCCAAAGCUAUUGAACUAUCCCUGAAAGAGGCUGGCAAGUCUUCGUCUAAGUCGAGCAGCUCUGGUGGUGCCAUCAGCAGCUCAUCCCUCUACCCAUCAAUGAGCAACUUUUCUUACAAACCGUCUUCACCUCCACCGCAGGAAACAAAAGUCAGAGCACUCUACGAUUUUGAGGCAGCUGAGGACAAUGAACUCAGUUUUAAAGCUGGUGAUAUAGUGUUUGUUACGGACAAUUCUGAUCCGAACUGGUGGAAGGGCCACUCUUCAAAGGGCGAAGGUCUAUUUCCUGCCAAUUUUGUCACCACCGAUUUAACGGAACCAAAGAGAAGUGUUCAGUUCAAUGAAGCAGUAGAGGUGAAAACCCUAACUUAUGAUGAAGAGGAAGAAGAGGACACUUCUGUUCCUGAAGUUGAUGAAACAAAAAUUGACAGGCUGCUAGCAAUUAUUCAUGAUAUCGACCCCACUGACGAGUCUGCUUCUGGUGUGGAUCCUGCCCUAGAAAAACAGGUCGGUGCCAUGGGACCUUUGAUAGACGAGGAGCUUGAGAAGAUUGAUCGGCGGCAUGCAAGUCUCACCCAGCUAGCCUCCGAGCUGACUGAUUCCCUUAAUAUGUACCACUCCCUCAUGAGAGAAAACAUAGUUAAACCUGUGCAACCUGAAUGGACACCGUACAUGCAGCCUCCGCAGUUGUACGGCCAGCAAUAUUCCCAGCAAAUGCCACCUGGCCCUCCCAUGUACCCUCCUCAAAAUGGUGCAGUGCCACCUCCUCAUGGGCCUCCAGAAGGCUACAACUGGCCGCCACCUCAAAUGGUAGCCCCUUAUGGACCUCCGCCAACAGAUUAUGGGGCUACUCAGUAUCCACAGGGGCCAGUCAUGCCCCAGAACGCACCCUCGUCGACAAUGAUGUGAUAAUUUUACAUAAGGAUUUAACAAGAAACUGGAUGAAAUGAAGAGGCAAAGAAUUAUGUUGCAGUUAUUCAAAUUCCAAAGACCGCUUUUAUAAAAACGUCUGGCAUUUCCGGUUCAUGUUUAUAAAAUUGGAACAUCAUCAGUGGUGAAAUAAGUUUUUCGAUCAAAUCAUUUUUUUUUUCCAAAAUUUUGAAACCCCAUUGCAACAUAAUUUAAAGUUUAGUGUGUUGACAGUGCAGCCCACCUAAGGGUACUGCAGACUUCUCAAAAGUUUUGGUCAGGAUGCUACUAGCCAUUGUUUGCUUAGUUAGCGUUAAAAUCUCUGGUUUCCACAAUUAUAAAGUUAUUUCAGUUUUCAUAAUUAUGAAUUGCAUACAAUAGCAUUCUUCAAUACAUUCUAUUAUAGUAUUGUAAUAAGCGAGCAUGGAAAUUAU